AUGGCCGGUGCUGCCCGCGCGUCCGCACCAUCCACACCGCCUCGGCCCUUGGCCCCGUCACUGCCGCCGUCCGCCCCACCCGCCAAGGUGUCGACCGCCAGCGCAUCGCCGACGACGUCCGCAUCCGCCCCCGCCCCCGUCCCCGCCCCUGCCGCACCUCUUCCCAGAUCGCCGAGUCCGGGCCACGAGAACCUCGAUGCCGUCGCCACCACCUCGGCCUACACGCUCGACUCCGCUCCUCCCGCACCUUUGUCGGCGCCGCCUCGCUCGCCGCACAGCCACGUCAAGCUCGAAGGCGCUCAGCAGCACAGCACCGACGCCGGCAUCCUGCACGACCUCCUCACCACCGUAGAUGCUGCCACGACAACGGGCUCGGCCAUCCACGCUUCGCCUUCUCAAGGCGACCCGCCAUCGACGACGUCGGGGAGCGGCCAGGGCGUCGGCAGCGUCGCUGCGACAGGCGGGCUAAACGAGGAGGAUGCCAAGCUACUCGCCUCCUUGGCCGACGGCAACGGCAUCUUUAACCAGUUCCCGGACCUCUCAUCGCAUCCUCCUGCCGCCACCGACACCGGCGGCUUCUAUCCGCACAUCAAGGACGAGGCCAUGUCGGCCGACCUUUCCCUAAUACCGGGCCUUGACUCGGCCGCAUUCGCUGGCGCCGUCGACCUCAACGAGGAGCUUGUCGGCGACUUUGCCGACUGGCACCACGACUUCGAAGGCCUCGAGCCCGAGGGCGAGGAAGGCGAGGAGAUGGACGAGGAGGACGGGGAGGUCGACGACGAUGACGACGACGAAGACGACGACGACCAGGGGCCGAUCCAGGCCUACGCCAAGCUCGAGUUUCCUGGCUUCUCGUACUACAUCCAGACGCUCGACGUCUCCAUCGGGCGGCGGCCAGGCCAGCUGCUCCCAGAUGCCCGGGAUCUCACGCGGGGCCCGCCUCAACUGCCCACGGCGGCCUCUGGCAGCUCCCAGGCCCAUAUCACGUCCGAGUCGCAGGCGGCGGGCGACGUCGACGUCGACCUCGGGCCGCUCAAGUCGAUCUCGCGCCUCCACGCCCGCAUCAUGUACUACGCCGGCCCGCUGCACCAGCUCUCGGGCCAGGUCAUGAUGGCCGGAACCCCGAGCCGGGCCAGCCCGGGCGCCCUGCGGCAGAAUGGCUCCCAGUACCGUUACGCCUCGCCCUCAACCCUGGCGCGGGUCCACGGCGGCGGCGACGGGCGCGGCCUGUACGGCGAGGCCGCCGCCGAGGAGCACGAGAUGGGCACGGGCCAAUUUGUCCUCUCCGUCGUCGGGCGCAACGGCGCCUUUGUCGACGAUGUCUGGGUUGACAAGGGAGGGCUAGUCGUCCUUGGCAAGAGGACCAAGAUCCAGAUCGCCGAGCGGGUCUUCUACUUUGUGCUCCCUCCGCCGCCAGGCUCCGCCGAGGCCGAGCCGACGAGCGCGCUGCAGCGCAUCUUUGACUCUGACUCCGAGUCGCUCUCCGACCUCGACUCGGAUGAUGGCGACGACGACGAUGACGACGACGACGACGCCGAGAGCGACUCUGCCAGCGAGGGCCGUGCCAGGGCCGAUGGCGAUGGCCGUGCAUCCGGCGCCGAAGAGUCUUCGGAGCUGUCCGACAUCAGCGACGGCGACGGCGACGAGUACCGCGAGGCCUCGUCGAAACCGCGGAGACCCUCGAUGAAGGCCGGCGAUCCCGCACCGGCUGCGGCGGGGACCGGAGCGCCCGCCAAGCGGAAGCUGGUCCUCAAGUCCAAGGCCAAGAUGGCGGCUGAGGCGGAAGCGGACGCUGCGCGGGCACAGGCCGUCGGAGCGCCGGUUCGGUCGCCCAAGGCCGAGGCACCGACGGUGGCAUCGUCGAAACCUGCCGACGCCGUCGCCGGCAACGUUACCAGCGGCACCGGCAGCAACAACAGGGGCCGAGGCAAGGGCAAGGGGGCGGCGGUGCGAGGCAAGAUGCCCAUAAAGAUGCCGCUGCCGGAGAUGAUGGACGUCGACAUGGAGUACAGCGACAGCCUUGGCGGGUCGUCGGACGAGGACGUGGCCCUGGCCGACGUCUCGAGACAGGAGCGGCUCAAGCAGGAGGCGGAAAGGACGGCCGAGGCGGCCAAGCCACCAGCAGCGCCAGCUGGAAAGCGGCCGACGAAGGGAUCUAAGGGCGGGAAGAUGGGCAAGGCCCUCAGCGGCGGCAAAGGCGGCGCUGGAAAGGGCGCUGGCAAGGGCGGCAAGGGCGCUGGAAAGGGCGCUGGCAAGGGCGGCAAGGGCUACCAGCGCAGCGCCGAGAGCGUGUCGCCGAGCAAGAAGGACUCGCCCGUGCCGAGCUGGGCCAUGGGCGCCGGCAUCGCGGGGCGCAAGAGGAAGCGCGGCGAGGGCGUGCCGGACGACGAGCCGGCGCUCAAGGUGGGCACGCCGAUUGGCGUCGAGGCGCUCGAAGCGCAGAAACGGGCCAAGGCGGCCAAGGCCAGAGCAGCCUCGCCGACCAAGCCGCUCUCAUCCGCAGCGGCAGCCGCGGCGUUCGGCGGCGACGCUGCCGUCCCUGCAGCAUCGAGCAGCCCGACAAUACCUGCGGUCACCCACAAGACGGAUGGCGACGGCGGCGGCGAUAUUGUCAUGGUGGAUGCAGCCGCUCCCGCCAGCGCCGCCAAGACGACGCAGAGCCCAGCAGCCUCUACCGCGGCUGCGGGCGCGGCCGUCGCCUCCGCGCCCAAAGCAGCAGGCGCUGCCAAGUCAUCCACGAAGAAGAAGAAGGACCAGGCGGCCGCCUCUGCUGCCCUCUCGGGAUCCGCACAACCGCCGUCCACGACAGCCGCACCGCUGCCUGGCAACGCGGCCGCUCUACCGGGCAAGGCAGGCGCGGGCGCAUCCGCUUCGUCGUCCUCGCCGUCUAAGAAGGCGGCGGCAGCCGGCGCAAAAGCGACCGGCACCUCGGCAUCGGCGGCACCAGCAUCGACGUCGGCCCCAGCGCCAGCACCAGCAUCGACGAUGGCGUCCCAGACGGCGCCGGCGCAGCCAUCCGCCGUCUUCGACUCGAAUUCGGCGGCUUCUGCUAUCAUCGCUGCGGCCAACGCGCUCAGCCGGGGCAAUGCACCACCGCCGCCCGCGGCCGCUGCGGCACCUGGAUCUACGGCCGCGGCGACGGCAACGCCAGCGCCAGCCCCUGCGGCGCCCGUUAGAGCGCAGGCGGACAGGUCGAAGAUCGGAGCACCGGGCACCCCGAGCGCCGCCGCUGGCAAGGCGAGCACGGCCCCUGCGGCUGCGUCGACAGCGACGAAGGCGGGAGGCUCGCGGCCUGCUCCCACCGCUGGCAACUCGGCCAUCGCACCGGCCACGGCGAGCUCGACCUCGGCGGCCGCGGCGGGCAAACCGGGCACUACUGCUGGAGCAGCAGCAGCAGCGCCCAAGAUACCCACGCCCGCCACGCCGCAGUCAAACGGCCCGCCAAAGCCUCCGCCGGGCCCCGAGGACAAGCCGGACCUCUCCAACAUCGAGCUCAUCUCGCAUGCGCUGCGGUCCGAGCACUGCGCCAACCGGGGAGGCAAGCUGACGCUGCAGGAGGUGUACGAGUGGAUCUCGAAAAAGUGGAUAUGGUUCAAGCGCAACGGCCGCCACACGGGCCGCGACUGGCAGAGCUCGGUGCGGCACGCCAUCGGCUCCUCGCGCGACUUUACAAAGAUCCCGCGCCGCUCCGACGAGCCGGGCAAGGGCAUCUUUUACUGCAUGUCCGACAGCGAGCUGGCCCGGCAGCGGCGCGAGACGAUCGCAAGGGAGAAGGAGGAGGCGGCAAAGGCGGCCGCGGCCGCGGCUGCCAGCGGCGGAGUCCCCGGCAGCAGCAGCGAUGCCGCCCUCAACAAGGCUGCCGGCGAUGCGAACGGCGCUGCAGCGGCACUUGCACCGGCAUCGGCGCUCGCCGCUCAGCCUGCGUCCAAUUCCGUCUCGUCGCCUACAGCGACGGGUACAGCGACAGCAGCAGCAGCCACAGCGGCCGCGGCGACGGCGACGGCGACAGCGACGGCGACGGCGACGGCAGCGACAAAGUCGAAUGGCACGAGCUCUGCGGCGAUCCCGGCCGUCAAGAUCCCGCUGGUGAUUGGCGUCGCCCCGACAACGGCGGCGGCGGCGGGCGGCGGCUCGUCGACGCCCGACAAGCCCAAGGCGGCACCGGGGACCAUCGAGGCGCUGCUCGAGACGCCGCCGAUUGUGCAUCACGACGGCAAGCUGUUCCUGAGCCCGCAGGUGUUUGGCCACCUCAAUGCUGGGCAGCUGGCGCACAUUGAAGGCCUGGGUGCCCAGCAGGCGCUCCAGGUGCUGCAGGCCUACCUCGUCAGCCACCUCAAGGAGCGCAUGCGCCUCCAGCAGCUGGCCGCGCAGCAAAAGGUCGAUGCGAGCGCCACCAACGCGGCUGCCAGCAACACGGCUGCACCUGCAAAGACCCCGGCACCCUCGACGGCGACGACAAUGAAUGCUGCAGCAGCUCUGCCAACGUCUGCGACGACGCAGCCUGCUCAGCCGGCGGUGGCAACUGCUGUCUCGUCGAGCGGCGCCUCCAAUAGCGGCAAAGCUGCAUCCCCUGUCGCGCCCUUUGCCGCGCCUGCGGCUCCACCACGGACGUUGCCGGCCAUGUCGCCGCCGGCGGUCGGAGUCUCGAGACCGACCGUGGGCGGCACCAGCGGGGCUGCUGUCGCGGCCGUGGGCAGCAUGCCGGCGUCCUCGUCGUCGUCGUCGUCGUCGUCGCAGCCCGUUGCCCAUGCGGUUCCGAGACCGCCGAUGACGGGCGUGAGGUCGCUGCAGCCCGCGGAGCUGCCGUCGAGCGUGGCGACCAAGUCGACCCUGCCUCUGCCGAUGCCGUCUGUCACGGCGUCGCCCGCGGCCGGCGGCGCGCUGGCAAAUUCCGGCAACGACGCGUCGCCGGCACCGCCGCCAAAGGCCAGCCCGCCUGCCGUAUCUGUGCCGUCCCGGGCUGUUACGGCGUCGCCCGUCGGCACGAGCAGCGCGGCGAAGCCGACGCAAGCCAGCGCAUCGCCAGCCCCAACCGUCGCCGCCCCCUUCACGCCGGCAGGACCGUCAAAAGGCCCAGCACCUGGAUCUUCCGCCUCGCCUGCGCCCGUGUCGGCGCCUGCACCAGGUGGUGCUAGCAGCAGCAGCAGCAGCAGCAGCAGCGCGGGCGGCGUUGCUACCAAGGCCGCCUCGCCACCCGCCAGCGAGGACCCGCUGUCGGCCCUGUCGGCCCUGGCGGCGCACCCAGAGGCGGCGGCGCUCAUCGCCCUACUGAAAAAGUCGCAGGCGGGCGGCGGCAACCAGCUGGCCAAGCUGACGCCGGCGCAGCUGCAGCUGCUCCAGGUUGCCAACAAGCUGGCGGCGCAGCAGAAAAAGGCAAAGAAGAAGAGGAACAAGCAGCAGGGUGGCGCUGCGGCGUCCAACGCUGCGUCGCCCGCGCCUACGUCGGCGGCGGAUAAGGGCAAGGCACCCGCGGCGGCGACGCAGCCCAGCCCAGCCCAGGUGCAGGUGCAGGUGCAGGUGCAGGGCCAGGCCGGCAGUAGCGGCGGUGGCGGCGUAGUCUCAUUUGGUGGCAGCGGCAGUAUUGCCGUGCGUACGUAG